CGGCUUUCUUGUGUGUGUGUGAGCGCGUGUCAGCCUGACCUUCGUUUUGCUCAACAGGUCGACUCCAGACCUCGACCACAGCCCCUCUCGUUCUACACCAGAGACGCACAACCACCCCUCUCUCUGCCUGACCGAGCCGUUGUCGAUAAACAAAACACAAAAAAGAAAGAAAAAACAAAAGAAGAAGAGGAACAGGAACAGGAAUACAGGACAGCAAUGGGUGCCGGUCGGUUCUUCUGCGUGGCCCUGCCACUGCUCCUCACCAUUGGCUCCAUCGGCACGCUGCUCUACGCCGUCCUCGCCGGCGUCGCCCACGAGAACCUCAAGCUCAUCCAGGUCGACCUGAGCGACCUGAGCGUCAGCCCAGUGAGCUUCAAGUCGCUCGUCUCGCGGGCCGAGUUCAACAUCAAGGAGAUCCAGACGGACAACAUCACCGCCGAGGCCCUCGGCCUGCACAAGUACUACGACUUGACGCUCUGGGGAUCCUGCUCCUCCGACGACAAGAAGAAGUGGGAGUGCUCCAAGAGCCAGUUCGACUGGGCCUCGAAGCAGAUCAACGCCAGCGACAUCACCGAGGGCGGCACCACCAUCCAGCUGCCCAAGGAUGUCAAGGACGCCCUCAAGGCCUUCCAGAAGCUCAUCAAGUGGUCCGAGGUGGCCUUCAUCGUCGCCCUCAUCGGCCUCGGCCUGGAGCUGCUCAUCGGCAUCUUCUCCAACUUCUCCCGCGCCGUCUCGUGCCUGACGUGGUUCGAGUCCGUCGUCACCACCAUCCUCGUCAUCAUCGCUUGCUCCCUGUCCACCGCCACCGUCGCCAUCAUCGCCGGCGUCGUCCAGGGCUCCAAGUCUCUCUACGGCGCCAAGGUCCACCUCGACGGCCGCUUCCUCGCCGUCAUCUGGAUCGGCGCCGCCUUCUGCAUCGGCGCCAGCCUCUUCUGGAUCUUCACCAUCUGCUGCUGCGCGCCCGAGAAGCGCCAGAAGAGCCACAAGCACUCCUCCAUCAGCGACGGCGAGAAGCUGCUGCCCGGCGGCGGAUUCGGAGCCCGUGGCUAUGCACCUCUGGGCGAGAACACCGGCUACACCUCUUCUGCCCCCCGCUUCGCCGCCGGCUCCGGCCGCUCUGACCUUGCUUACGAGCCCUACUCUCACCGAGCUUAG